GCCCUAUAAGAGUCCCGGCCUAACCGCCGUCACGACAAGACGUGUUUGAAUAAGUUGGGACCUUGUGAUUUUUUGGAACGUGCCUUGGAAUUUUCCAAGACUUUACUCUCGAAAUAUAUCAUUAGUCGGAAAAAUGGCGUUGGGGCAUAACUCUUAGAGAGGCCUGGAGCCAAAUAUUGAAGUUGAAAUUGAAUCACUGCCCUCUACUAAAUAGUGCUGGCCCUGGAAUCAAUAUUGAGAGAGAGAGAAAGAAAGAAAAAUAGUGCUGGCAGUGUACUCCUUGAAUGUGUCUCUAGAAAGCAAGCUCUGAAUAAAUUUUUGUAAUCAUAUGGUAUCUAAUUAGAUUAACAGAAGAAUAAUUGGAAUAUUUUGUAAAAUCAGACUAUUUUAAUCUCCUGUGUAUUAUGUAUUAUCUAUCAGCAAAAGCCAAUCUUUUAACGAAGAGAAUAAUCUUCUUUAAAUUAAUUCGCUUGUAUAACGAUUUCACAAACAAUAAAUCCGCUCAUCUGAUCCGAAAGGAAUUUCUAGAUUAUUUUACAAAAAAUCUAAACCACAGUAUUAUUCGUUCUAGUCCUGUGUCUUCAAUUACUGAUCAGUCGCUUACAUUUACCAAUGCUGGCAUGAAUCAAUUUAAAGGUAUAUUUUUGGAUUAUUAUGAACCACCUAUGACAAAAGUUGUAAAUUCACAAAAGUGUAUCAGAGUUGGUGGAAAACACAAUGAUCUAAGUGUUGUUGGUAACGACAGUUAUCAUCAUACAUUCUUUGAAAUGCUUGGCAACUGGUCCUUUGGAGAUUAUUUUAAGGAAGAUGCAUGUUUAUAUGCUUGGAAUCUUUUAACAAAUGUAUAUAGUAUACCCAAAGAAUAUCUAUAUGUAACAUAUUUUGGUGGUAAUAAGGAUUUGGACAUAGCUCCUGACCUAGAAUGUAAAGAUAUUUGGUUAAGACUUGGUCUUCCAGAAUGCAAAAUUCUGCCAUUUGAUAUAUAUGACAAUUUCUGGGAAAUGGGUAUAUCAGGUCCUUGUGGGCCUUGUACAGAGAUACAUGUAGAUUUUUUUAGACGAUCUACUAAUGAAGCUGCACGAGUAAAUAAAGGAUAUGCAGAUCUUAUGGAGUUGUGGAAUAUAGUUUUUAUACAAUAUGAAAGGCUUGAAAACGGAUAUGUAAUACCUUUACCAAAACAUCAUGUUGAUACAGGCAUGGGACUUGAACGAUUAGUUACAUUAUUACAAGGAAAAACGUCAAAUUAUGAUACAGAUAUUUUCCAGCCAUUAUUUCGUGCAAUACAGAAAUACUCAAAUGCUCCAGAAUAUAAGGGAACAUUUAAUAGUGAUGAUACAGGCAAAAUUGAUUAUGGUUAUAGAAUUCUAGCAGAUCAUGCAAGAAUGAUUACUGUUGCAUUGGCUGAUAAUAUGUUACCUGAACAACACCCAAAGCUACGGAGAGUAUUACGAAAUGCAAUAGACAUAGGAGAAAGAAUAUUUAGAAAAACUGACAUGCUUGCCAAACUAGUCUACAAUGUAGCUGAUAACUUGGGUGAGACUUAUACAGAAUUGCACAGUAAUCUCAAACAGGUAGAAAAAAUAAUUAAGUUUGAGGAAGACUUAUUUAAUAGAUUGCGGAAUACUUCUGGUAAAAAAUGGAAUGAAAUGGUUAAAAUUCGUCCUGAAUUAGCAUUGAUCACUGACUGGACAGCCCCUGGUUUAUUUGAUGGCUAUAAAGAUCUACAGACUGUAUUGAAAGAUUUGCGUAAAACUAACGUGUUACCGGGAGCUGUUGCAUUUAAAAUGUAUGAUACAUAUGGGCUUAAUUCGGAAACUAUAGCAGAGCUAGCUCAGAUUGAAUCAUUACACUUUGAUGAAGUUGACUUUCAAAAACAAUUAGAUAUUCGUAAAUAUCAAUCGAAAAUUGGAUUCAACAAAUAUAAUUCUGUGUUUGCUGAUGAGUCUUUGAGAAUACUUGAAAAAAAUCACGUACCUAAAACGAAUGAUUCAUUUAAAUAUGAUUAUACAUAUGAUGGAAGUAACUAUAAGUUUUUGCCACUCAAUAGCAAAAUUGUCGGAAUCAUUAUUAACGGAAAAUUAGUUGCAAAUACAAAUUACUCCCGUAUUGCAAAAUCUAACGACGUUAAUAGCAAAAUAGCUAUAAAUGUCAAUGAUAUGUUAAAUAGCAAAGAUGAAAUCGGCAUUAUAUUGGAUAAAACUGUAUGCUAUUCGUUCGAAGGUGGUCAAGUUUCGGAUCGAGGAAAUAUACACAUCAAGAAUCUGCUUUUUAAUAUACACAAUGUCAGAAAAGUAAACGGUUACGUGAUUCAUUUCGGACAGUUUGAAAAAACAGACAUACCAACUUCAGAACUAUAUUUAAAAGCGGAAGACGAUUGCUUGGUUAAUAUAGAUUCACAAAUUCGAAUUGGUACUAUGAAACAUCAUACGGCAACCCAUUUAUUGAAUGCAACUUUAAAAGAAAUUAUGCAUACAGUUUAUCAACGUAAUUGUAUAGUUGACAAGGAUAGCCUAAAACUUCAGUUUAAUGCGUUUGGUGAAAAACUUACAUUGGAACAAAUGAGAACAAUAGAAGAUCGCAUAAAUAAUGUUAUACAUUCUCAUGUUGCAGUAACUGUACAAACGUUAAACUCACUUCAGCUAUUAGGACAAGAUGAUAUUAUAUUGGUGCCUGGAGAAAUAUAUCCUUACACAGAUAUUAGAAUCAUAGAGAUUAAUGCUGAUGAUUUGAAAACAAAAGAAGCAUGCUGUGGCACACAUGUACACAAUGUAGGUGUAUUACAAUAUUUUUACUUCUUGACAUACACCUCAAAGGGAGCAACAAACUGCACUGUUAAAGCUGUUGUUGGCGCAAAGGCUUUACAUAUGAAACGAGCCAGUGAAAAAAUACGACAUAAAAUUACGGAACUAGAAAAUACUUUACAAAGUGACGAAUUUACAUACAAAACAUUUGAGACAAAAGUAAAUCGACUAAAACAGGAAAUGGAUGACCAGAUUGAACAAGUACCUUACUUAUUUAAAAUAGAAUGCCUGGCACAUCUAAAAAACUUAUGCAAAACAAAAUGGUUGCGAGAGAAAGAAAAUGAGAAAGCUUCUGUAGAUCGUGAAAUCACCGCUGCUACUGUUUCAUCUUGUUUUAUCGUGCAUUGUCUAAAUAAAAGUCCUACAUAUUUGUCAUUGCACGAAGUUAUAUCACUUUUCUCUGGAAUACCAAUAUUGGUCUUAUCUCAUAAUAAUGGAUUUAUGAAGGCACGGUGUUCUGUACCACAGGAAUUUGUUUCUAAUACAUUUAAUGCACAAACUUGGAUGGAUAUUAUACUUAAAAAUUUUAAUGCAGAAUAUGGAUCUAUUAAAGGAUUUGAACCUAUGUUAGUUGCAAGUAUGAAAUCUAAAAAGAUGUCAAAUGAAUAUAUUCAGAUACAUAUGAAGAGAGCAAUUGCAGAAGCUACUAAAUUCGCAUUAGUACAUGUAAAAAAAAGUUAAAUACAUUAAUAACAGAAAUUAA